UUCGGUAUGCUUAUGUAAGCAGAGCGUCAAGUCUUCCGCCGUCCGGACGUCCACCGACUCUCUCCCAGCUAUCACUGUUGCUCAGUGCAAGUACAACGUUUUCGACCUGGAUUUCCACCAGAGCCAGGAAUCUAAUUAUCUGAAGUAUGGCUAAGCCAAGUCCAUAGUAUCAUUGCGUUUUCGUGCGCAAUGAGAGAAUGAGGAAUGGUGAGUUUAUUCUGCAUCUAGAAUGGAGUGUGUCUACAGAUACCCGCAUUUUCAUUGGUUUAGUCUAUACUUACUCAAUGAAGGAAGGAGUUUCCCGUACUAAAAGGACUAAGGAACUGCCGGUCACAGGCACAAGCUCUAUUCUCUACAUCUAUUCUCCAUCAUCAUCAUGUCUCAAACUCAAGCUGUGUAUCAUGGUGGAUGCUACUGCGGUGCUACUAGGUUUGAGGUGUCGGGAAAGCCGAUUAUCAGUGCUUAUUGUCAUUGUACGUUGUGUCAACGACUCACCGGGUGCCCCUUUGUUCACACCAUUCAUUUUGAUCCUCCUGCCUUUCGUUGGACUCACGAUGGCGGCGAACAGGCCCUCGAGCUUUACAAGGUAAAGGACAAACCGGCCAAGCACCGAUAUCGAUGCAAAGAAUGUGGUGCUUGCGUCGCAUCCUACCAUGCUCAGCGCGAUCGAUGGAGUAUCUGGGGCGGUCAAUUAAAACGUACCCACGAGACAGGUCAGAUCGAAGGUUGGAGAGAGAUGAAGGCAACACACCAUAUCUUUUACGGAACCCGUAUGCUGGACGUGGAAGAUGGCCUUGCGAAAUGGGAAGGCUACGAGAAUACGUCAACCCGUUUAGGCUAAUUCGGCGGGAAAUGAUUGGAACUUAGGAGCUGGGGAAUAACAGGAUAUGAGGAUCAUGUGGACUGUCUACGACUUCCUAGUAUAGAUUGAUAGAAGUCAAUUUUCGAUAGUGUUAUGCAAUGAGGCUGCCGACAUAUAAAAGUAUAAAAGAGAGGCGCCAGUUACACCCUUC